UCGCGCUUUGGCUUUGUAGAGGGUAUAUAUAUUCAUAGUUAUUAGUAUCUUUCGGCAGCGGUGGUGUCGUCAACAACGGUUAAACAAUAGCGGAAGAAGAAGAAGAGCAGCAAGGCUUUGGUUGGAUUGUGGUGUGGAGAAUCCUGGUCGCAGAGAACGGCUUUUCAGAUCAUCGUCGGGUUUUGAGAUAGUCACUGACAGAGGGAGAGAGAAAGGGAGAAGGAGAGAAGCGGCCAUGACCGGAAAGGCAAAGCCCAAGAAGCACACGGCGAAAGAGAUAGCCGCGAAGAUUGAUGCGGCCACCACCAACAGAGGCGGCGGAAAGGCCGGGCAGGUAAACCGCUCUGGGCUGGACAAGGGUGGCCACGCCAAAUUCGAAUGUCCUCAUUGUAAGACUACUGCUCCUGAUGCCAAAUCUAUGCAGAUACAUCACGAUGCUAAGCAUCCAAAGAUCCCCUACGACGAGGCCAAGCUCAUCAACUUGCAUGCUACCCAUGAGGCCGAACCCUCUAGUAAGCCUCGUCCUGGGGUCCGCGGUAGCUUCAAGAAGUAGAAUCCCCUUUUUCUAAUCUUUUUAAUUUCUUCCUUCUCACCCUUUUAUUUAGCAACUUAGGAGUUGUGGUGGGAGUGUUAGAACCCUCAGCAACUUUUUCCUGUUGAGACUACUUAUAUGAGGUGAGGAGGAGGGGUUUAUUGAUGUUCUGCUAAAGCUACGAAGACUUAAAAGCCCAAACUUAAAAAUAUGUUUCCAUGCAUAUGUAUUAUCUGGCUAUCUUGAUGUUGUGAACUCUUGGGUAUGCUUCAAAUCUCUAUAUAUAGCAGUGUGGUUGUGGAUA